GCCAUGCGGUGCGCGCUCGGCCUGGAGCGGCGCGUGAAUCGGUCGCUGCUGGAGCUGCACGCGCUGGCCUCCGACAAGAAGGACCCCCACUUGUGCGACUUUCUGGAAACGCAUUUCCUGAACGAGCAGGUGAAGUCCAUCAAAGAACUGGGUGACUACGUGCACAACUUGGUCUCCAUGGGCGCGCCGCGGUCUGGCCUGGCGGAGUACCUCUUUGACAAACACACUCUGGGAAGUGAAAGCAAGCAGAACUGAGCCACAGGCUGCCACGCCAGACCAGGGGCGGGUGUCCCUGCUUCUGGCCCUUAAGAUUCACCUCCGUCUUUACAUUCUUCUCCUGCUAUAGCCGUCCUCGAAUAAAUAUUUAGAGGAAAACACUGGGCCCUUGUUAACAAUGGCUUUCCGCCCGCGUCAAGCUACCCAUCUUUUCCCAGCCUGAAAGAUGCUAAGGAGGAAUACGACAGUAAUGCAAAAAGUGUAAAAAAGGUACUCCGAUAUUACCAAAUACUACCAAUUAACGAAUACUACUCCUAGCUGUGAACACACACUAAAAUUCCCUGAUUUUUAGUUCAACCUGUGCCUGCUGUUUUCAAGAUGCUAACGUGACAAAACGUGUAUAACUGUAAAACAAAGGCAACUGAAAGACAAAUGGAGUACUGUAAAAAUUAUGACUGCAAAGUUCUGUGACAAACUUUACCUUUUCCCAGUGUGUGCAAAGAAAUAGCAAUGUCUGGAGAUUAUCUAUUUUUUAAAGACUUCAUAAUCCAAUAAAUUUGGGAUAAGUUUUACCAAGAAUCAGCGCUGGCAUUGGGAAGUCACUGUAUGUAUUACUCUUUUAAGGGCUCUGAGAAGUGUUGGAAUUAAAAACAAAAAGCUUGAA